CGCUUCGAGUGAGCCGAGGAUUUCCCCCUUUGAAGGAAUUUAAUCGUCUAGGGCGGGAAACGUGUAUCAAUGUUGUGUUCGUCACUGACUGCACUGUAUAUAAUUAUCGACUUAGGUCAGAUUUACUCGGUGAGUGGACAAGACUGAGCUUGCGGAGUGUGGAUCGUGAUAUCAUUUUGACCGAAAGUGCUUUGACUAUCACUUCCUGGCAUCAUCGUGUCAAACUUCCAAGACGGGCAAAGAAACACGGGAAAUGAUACCAUGGGUUUUUUUUAAAACACACUCAGCGCUGGACCCUAUUUGUGACGAGGAUAAAGUUUCUACAACUGCCGAAUAAUGAAGUGGAUUUCAAGUCUAGAACUGCGUUUUCUGUCUACUUACUUUCAUGGCCAUUAAAAUACAGGGACUGUUUGUCAGACAGGAGUAUAACUGAACUUUCCAAGGACCCCGUUAACUUUAAUUUGACCCUGGCUGCUCAUCUCCGGUCAGCACUUUAGAUAAAGAGAUACCGUCAUUCGAUUAUGAUUUACAACUGCGGAUGAAUGCCACGAAAAACUGACUUUUGUUUGCAGGGAAAACUAACCCUGAUGCGCUCAAUGAGCGAUAUCAUCGCGCGUUUGAUGCCACGCCGCGAGAGCCGAGGAAUGUUAAUGAGAAAAAUGUAAAGAGCCUGGUAGGGAGUUUUGAAGGUGCGUUGAUAAAACGUGCCAGAAAGGUAUACCAGCAGCGAGAAAGAAAAACAAUUUGGUGAAAUUUCCUGGUAUGAGUGUCAGCGCUGGACAGCACUGUAGAUGGACGCGGGGCUGCAAUCUUCAAGGAUGCUUCGGACCGUACGGACGAGUAUGUUUCCGCAUUCGUAAGAUUGUUUUCGAUGCGACAAGAUCUACAUUUUCUCCACGGGUGAUUGUCGAAUUACGUCACUGCACUGUGGAUAUCUUUUGUGGUCCCUGGUACACGAACAUCCACCGCUGACAGCCUGUAUGAAUAGCUUCACGUACGACACUUCAUUCAGCUUUUUAAUUACUGAUAUUUCACCAGACGUCACAUCUGACUUGCAAACUGUACGACUGUGCGAUUGCAGCGCGAUUAAGACGGCAUAGCAGCGAACGUAAGUACCUGAGAUGGACAAUGAUGUUAAGCACUCGAACUUGAAGCGGACUCGGCAUGGCACCGCCUCUUGCAGACCAUUUCAUCCAGGGAAAUUAAUUCACAUCACGGUAGGGGACCACCCGACUGACUGCUUGCAACAAGAGCAUGUCGGUGAACCUCAGAGUUGGUCAAGAUGAAUAUGAGUGUGAACAGACGGUUCCAUGUAAAUGUUUAACAUCCUCUUCCCUCAUUACACUUCUAGGCAGUGGCUGGGGAUUUGGGAUGAUGAACUCUCAAGCUUUGCAAAACUGAUGUUUGUGGCAGAUGAAUGUGAAAUUUUUGCCAUGUGACUCAUUCGCAGUAUUCCCGACAGACCUCUGAGCUCUUCUGGCCGAUUCCUUUGAAGACUAUUUCACGAUGGAGGCAGAUUUUGAUCUUCGAAACUUGAAAUUCGCGUGUGUGUUAAUCAUUUGCCGAUAUCUGGCCGUCGCAUACGCCAUCCGCGCGUUGCGUCUUCCCGCCAGCAUCACCGCGAUCGAAGGAGGACGGGCCGAGUUUAACUGCACCACAGCCAAUAAAGUGACCGACGAGGAGCUUUACUGGGCUAUCAAGUGGGACGACGGAUCCUUACUGAUGUGGUACUACCUCCCGGCUGAAGUUAACAAGACUCACGAGGACUUUCUUCGCGGUACAGCUCUCUUGCCCAUCCGGGCUGCUGCAUUAGGCGACCACGGCCGGUACAGCACGGUGCACCGCGAGGUGCGUUACAGCGACGGCCAAAGUCUGGAUUUCUGCUUGCUGCAGGUAGACGACAUACACGACGAGGACCAAGGAAGAUUCCACUGCGUUUACAGGAGGGACGGAUCCUUUAGGAACCUCUAUGCUUCCGAGCAGAGCGGCAGAGCUGAGCUGACGGUGGUAGUGCCGCCGGAUGGAGACGCACCGUCUUGCGGAGUUUCCCAGGUUGCUUCGGCAGAUCCAACUCUUGGAGGUGCACUCGUAGAACUCUCCUGUAUCUCCUCAAUGAUUGCGGUCGACCCUUUACCGACUAUAACCUGGAAGACAGCGGACAAGGAGUUGUCAUCCUCCACUGGUAAUGCCAACUUAUACCGGUAUACGCUACAGGAAAAAGAUAACGGGCGGGUAUUUACUUGUAUUGUUACUCAUCCGAGCUUGACAGAUGCGAGUUCUUGCUCAGUUUUGCCAUUAAAUGAACCGCCGAAUGUUGUCAUCACCCCGGAAACAUUGGUGGCAGCGGUGGGAUCGGACGCCGUGUUCAAAUGUAUAGGUAGUGGGAUUCCAUACAUAGUGAAGUACACCUGGUUUGUCGGGGACAGCUCUUUCAGUCACCCCAACACGGACGGAGUAAUCACACCAGAGAUAUCGUUUGUUGGCUCGAAAGGCUGGGUUUUGAGUUUGCCGAACUUAAAAAACACCUCAAACAAUACGAGAGUUACUUGCAAGGUCAGCCUCCCUUCGGGGCUGUCCAGCAACGCCUCCGCAGUGCUUCUCCUGAGAGACAGCCUACCCCUUGGUGUCAGCCUUUCGCCUAAACGAGCGCGCGCAUUCAAAGACUUAAGUAUCACGUUCAGCUGUUUUGCUGAAACUAACACCAAGCAUCUCACCUUUAAAUGGUACGUAAAUGACUCCAUUAUUUUGCUAAAUGAGACGGCUGACAGGCGAUCUUUCAAAAUACAGACUAUUGGACAAACAGGUUCAAUGUUAAUGAUUUCAAACGAGAAGGCUGCUGCAUUUGUUGAUGACGUGAGCAUAUCUUGCGAGGCUAUCGUGCCAACUGGAACCACAGCACGCGAUUCUGGAGUUUUAAUAAGCCAGAAAAAUACAAAGAUACAGAUUGAUAUUUCUCCAAAAGUAACUGAGGUGCCUGUGGGUGCAAAAGCCACGAUUACUUGCAUCACUCAGCCGAGUGUCCUUCCCAACUCUACUUUUCUAUGGCUUGUGCGCUGCGAUCCAGACCUUCCAACCGGCCAAACGAGCACCAGUGGCUUCAACAGCAAGACCUUAACCUUGGACAACCUGGAUUACGAGACCCGGUGCGCCGUUACCUGCUCCGUGAGCGUUCCUUCAGGCCUGUCUGCAUCCGGGACAGGUCUAGUGGUCGUCCAAACCUUGGCCACGGCAGACAUCGGGGAGGUCCAGCAACCAGAGACACAGUCCACAUCCUGGCGGCUCCCUGGUGCCUUAGGGGCUGGAGGGAUAGGCAUCUUCUUGGGCGUCUGCUUCUGUACCAUGCUGUUACUCCUCUAUACCUGCUCCAAGAGCUUCUUCGGGAACAACAAGGCCAGGGCUACCACCUCUCGAAGCCAGGUCAGCACCCCAAUUUACGAGACCAUUAACCCUCAAAACGGAAGUCGGGACCACGUUGGUCCUGAUGUGCCCAUGGUGCGGACGGGACCGUGCCAGCAACAGUCCAACGCCACCUACAAUCGACCUCCAUUGACGUUACCCAAAGUGCAAGUGGCCCUACCUGCGCACUCGCAGAGGGCCAGGGGCGGGCUCCAGCGAAUUCCAAGUUCAGAGAACGAGGAGGCGGAGGGAUCGGUGGCGAGUUCCAUCUCCAAAGAUUCCCUGGACACGGAGCUUGGGAUGAACUCCAGUCCGUCUACGGCUACGUUCGUCGGGCCCUCAGACUCGGACGAACACGAAUAUGAGAGCUGCGAGAUCACAACGUGCGUCUGAUCCUGAGCAGCAGCGUUGUAACACCCUUGGCGAUUUGGAAAUUGGCACAUCAUUGCUGUGGCUGCAUCCAGAUCUGUUGUCUAGAGCUAGGUCUAGGUCUUCACUCCAUUGGGAAUGCGU